AUGAUCGACGGCGCAAGGGCUUCGCAGAGAGCGGGUUACCCGCCGCGACAGUGCUACCCGUCAGCCGAUACGCGCGCUGAAUUCACGAGCUACUACUACAAGCAGCAGAGCGGCAAUGCCGACGGGGCAACAGAACCGUUGAAAGCAGCUACAGAGGCCGUAUUACGGUCCCGCGCGCAAGAGGUUCUGUCGGAGCGGCACGAGCUGGUGCAGCAGCUUUCGUCGUUCCGCGUGACGGCCGCGUACCGGCAGAAGCGCGUGGAAGCGACCGUGAAAGAGGCGGAGGUGCUUAAAACGAAAUUGGCGGGAGGGGAGAAGCGGCUGGAGAGGGUUCGCGCGCAGCUUGACGCCACGCGCAUCGCGCGCGACGCGGCGGCGCGGGAGCUCGCAGUUCUUCGGCGGAUCGCGCCCGCAGCAGAUGCUGGUACUAGCGACGACGAGGACAGCGACGAGAGUGAUGCGUCGGAUUCAGGGAGUGACGCCACGUCGGACAGGGGAGGCGGGGGAGCGAGGUCGCGUGGAAGCGGCGGAAUGCGCUGGGGGGCAGUGAAGCCGGCAGGGGAUGCGGCGUGGCGGAGAGCGGAACUGCGGAACGUGCUGCAGGAAAUGGCGCAAGCGCUGGAGAAAACGGAAAAGAGAGCUCGAAGCGCGUUGGCGAGAACGAUGCAGUUAGAAGGCUUGCUGGAGGACAGAAAAGAGGAGCUGGCGGAAGUACGGAGCGAGUUGCGCACGGCGGAGGGGGAGCGGAACAUGCUGGCGGAGGAGCUGCAGGAAGCCUUCAACUCAUGGGCGCAGCCGCGCGCGCCCGCAGGCAACGCCACGAGGAUGUCAGGCGUGGCCUCCGCGCCGCUGCCGCUACAGCAGCUACAGGCGCAGCGCGCCACAGAUAGACCUGGGCCUGGAACGUGGAUGGAUGAGGGCAAAGGUGGUGGGGAUUACAUGGGGAAAGGGGGGAGGAGAGAAACGGGUCGCAUCAGCAGAAGCACCAGCAAGGAGGAGCUUGGGGCGCGGAUGCGCGCAAGGGGGAUGAGCGGAGAGGGGAAAAGCGCAAGGGGGAUGAUGAGCGGAAGGGGGAGCGCGGAGGAGCUGGGUGGGUGGGCCCGCACGUCGGCGCUGCUGCUGGCGGGUCAGAUGGAGCCGCGCGUGCCUGGUUACCUGCGCGCGUCUCUAGAGGUUCCCUGA